GAUGUUUUUUUUUAUUGCACCCUCCCACUGCAGCGCAUGUAGUUGUGUGUGUGUGUGUGUGUUGAAGUUCACUACUGUGUUGUGAAGUGCACCACCUUCUCCUGCACCUGGUGGUCGAUGUGCAUUACUGGUGUUGUACUUGAUCAAACCCUGUGAAGCCAUGGAUUCGGUGGACACGAGCGCAGCCGCCUCCACGGGAGGUAAUAAACGACGUGUCAACAACAAGAAGAACAAAGAUUGGCACAAAUGGCUCCACCGCAGGAAGACUGCCGCUCAGCCCCCAACUAUGCAAAGUGGAGAUAAGCGUGGACCAAAGAAGAUAGCAGAGGAGUGGGAGCAAAGCACAGUGGGGCCUUCAUCAAAGAAGCCCCCCCAGGAAGCACGGCAGAGUCAGCACAGGACGAAUGACAGUGGAAAUACACUCAGGUUCACGUGUGCUCAGUGUAGGGACAACUUGGAAUACAUUCCCAAAGACUUGGCGAGACACUUUGAGGACAAACACAGCGGGAGCCCGCCAGUGUUUUCCUGUCACAUGUGCACUUUCAGCACACAUAAGUUCUCCUACCUUCAGGUUCAUCUAUUAAGCCACAAAGACACUUUUUCUAGUUGCAGCAUUUGUAAUGACAAUGUUCAACGCACAUGGCCUGAAUACAGUACCCACCUGGCUGUGUAUCACUGCCAAAAUGGCAAAUACUCAUGUGAAAUGUGUCAGAAAUUCUCUACAGGUGAUCUUCGAGUAUUCUUGGAGCACGUGUGUGCACAUAAUUUAUGCCUGGAAGAAGCGAAUGAUGAUCUAUCGCUGCACACAAAGGACAAGAAUAAGUUUGGGCCUAAAACAACCACUCAGACCUUGCGUUGUCAGCACUGUGGCUAUGAGGCAUCUCAGAAGUGGAUGAUCACUAAGCACAUAAAAGCUGCCCAUGGAUGCCAGAAUGGUUACCAGAGGAAGAAGAUGAAGAAGGGUCAUUCCAUAGCGAUGAAUCCAAAUGACCUAAUCCCAAAAAUUAAGCCCAGAUUAACAAGAAGUGCAGUUAGGGAAAUGUGUUGGCUGACACAGGACUGCCUUUCUCUGCCAGGGAGAGAAUUCCUGGAUAAAUACUGCCAUCUGUCAGAUCCACAAACGACACUAGAGGAGACACAACAUUUUCUGAUGAAAUCUGUUGCUGGGGAAACCAAUGACCAGAAAUGGACCAAGGCUCUUAAAACUGUUUUGUCAAACGUCCCUCAAGAUAUGAAUCUUCACCCUAAGGUGGAGAACGGCCUUGUGUCGAACUCAUCAGACCUAACUGUCCUGACCGUCAAGAACAAGAUAACUGUUGCUCAGAACGGUGCAACAUACGCCAAGAAGUUGAAAAUGACGACGUCAUCAGAUAAGGAAACCGUUACCCCCGAAAGUGCUGACGAUGCUCGUUGUGUCGUCGUCCAAAAUGGAUGCCAGUCAAAUUUUAGUGCUCAUACGUCUUGUCCACAAAAUGAAACCAAACUCAUGAACGACUUCUCAGCGCCAUGCCAGAAAGAGCCAUCAGAGUGCAGUCAAAUGCAGGAAAACAGGGAAAAUCAAGAGCUGAAGAUGGAUCAGGAAAUUGAGGAACAUGGAAAAAACCAAGAGGAGCCUAUGCAGGACAAUGAUGGGAUGAAUAUCCCCAGUGAGCUGAAGCUGAUGAAUGACAGCGAAGAGCAGCAGACAUCCACUCAUAAAGUUGUACCAAAAAAUAAGAGACGAAAGCGAAGACGAAGAAGGAAAGCAAGAUCUAGAAAAGUAGAUAAAGGAUCCACAGGGUUGCCCUUGAAGAUAGUGUUGAAGAAGAAUCCCGUGAAGGAGAAGCAGUGGGUGUCACAAAGCUCUUUGUCUCCAUCAGGAGUUGGUCAGACAGUUGACUGUCAUGGACUUCCCAGCCCUCAUAAAACAUUAGACAGUUCGGCAAAGAGUCUCCAAAACACGCCGCUAACAGAAGCACACGAGAAGAAAUGGACCAAAGCCACCAAGACCGACCUUCACAACCCUUCUGUAGCCAUCACUUCGAUUCCACAGUCGAAUGCAGGGGAAGAACUAACGGAGCCAAUGGGGUCUAACAAGAUGGACGGAAACACGCCUGUCGUGCUUGAAGCCUUGCUGUCAACGCAAGAAUAUGCAGACAAGUCACUGUUAUUGGAAACAGAGGUUGACAUGAGCGAAUCAACUGCUGGGACAGACCACUCGAAUUCAAGGGCUGCAGCCACGACUGAAGAAGAGAUGCGCUCUGAGAACAUGCAGCUCCAGACAUCAGGCAGCUUCAUCGACCACCAUGUCGAAGACGAUGAGAUGAGUUCAGCCGCUGACGGAGUGAAUCCUCACAGCAGCUACACAGAGUCUUCCCCCGUGUCCCAACCUGUGAUUACACCACAGGGCGAAGAUGCAAGCCUUCCUGUUGCUUCAGAGCCAAGUGCUGAGGGUAAGAGAGACGGAGAAGUGCCCGCAGACUCCAGCCCAGAUGUCCUCUCCAACACCAACUUACUCGCAGUGAAAGCCAUCCAACAGGAGCCCACGCCAGCCUCUGGCCACCAGUGGCAGCCGGUCCCAAAAACCAAGGAGAGGAUCUUGAAGUUAGUAGCCAUAAGUCCAUCUCAGUUGGUUAAGCGUCCAGCUGGAGACCAGCCCGUUGUGGUGCUAAAUCAUCCAGACGUCGACAUCCCCGAGGUCACCAAGAUCAUGGAGGUCAUCAACAGGUACAAAGGAGAGGUGCAGAAGGUCGUACUGUCACGUAGAACGGUCAGCGCUCUCUCAGCCAUGAGCGGUGAGGUCCCGAAGGUGGGUGGCGCAACAGACCCUCCACCUGAUCCAGCGGGGCGUGGUAAAAACUCUGUACAGGAGAGGUUCGUGUUGAAAUUGAAACUACGAAGGUUGAGCAGGAAAAAGUACGAAGUUGUGGGCGCAGUCUCUCCCAGCAGGGAUGCCGUGCAGAAGUUUCGCUGCUGGUUCUGUGGCAGGGUCUUCACAUGUCAGGAAACAUGGAUGGUCCAUCGGCAGCGACAUCUGAUGGAGUGGAAAAAGCCAAACUGUGAAAACUCUUUAAAUGUCGCUCACACUGGAUGAAAAACAAGAAAUCGUCUGGAAAAAGACGACUUUGCAAUACAAAAAAAACAAUAGUGGAAAGUGAUAGACGGCCUCCUCAGUUUUUUUUUUUUUUUUUUCAAAAGUCUUAAUUAUGAGUUUUUGAGGAGAAUCACACGAUCAUGCUUCCUGGAGGGUUCACAUUCUCAGGGUAAUUUAAACCUUUACCUGUCGUGUCUCCCAGUUUGAGUAGCUUGCUACAGACUCUUUGUAGAUUAUUUGUAAAGCCACACGUGUCAAUAAUUUAGUUCUUUUUAUUGUUCGUAUUUUGUCUACGCAAUAUAGCUUUAUUUAAAGUGAUUUAAGUACACUGUCGUAUGGAAUCUUUUAUAGAACACUGUAAUAUGUAUAUUUGCCAUGCCAUCUGAAUUUUAUGAAUCAGUUUAUGUACGGGUAGGCUAUACAGCAUGGUAGCUAUCAUAUUUAUGUUUCUGGAGCGGGACGCUGAGACCCAUAAGUUACUCAGAUAAACCAAAACUGUGUGUUUAAACGACAACAAAAAAAGAGACAAUAAGCUGUUUUAUUCAACAUUUAUUUAUGACUCUUAGGUUUAGUCUUUAUAUGCUUUUCUUUAUGCUUUUUACCGGCCCUUUUGAAGAAUCGGUGCAUUUGUAAAAUCUUUUGUAUAAACUCCAAAUUAUGUUCAAAUAUAGUAUUAUCUGGAAGAGGUAUAUUUUCAUGCAUUCAUCCAGCGGGAGCAGAAGUCCUUCAAGACACGAUUAAUUAAAAAACAAAAACAAAGUAAACCUAUGUUUUUUGACGUAA